AUGACUGUUCACAUCGACGGGAUUGUAGCGAUCGUCCUGUUUUACCUGUUAAUCUUAUUCGUUGGAUUAUGGGCAGCCUGGAAAAGUAAAAACUCAGCCUCGCAAGGAGCAAUCGCUCGGAGUGAAGCCAUAAUGAUCGGGGAAAGGGAUAUCGGUCUACUGGUUGGUGGAUUCACCAUGACGGCGACCUGGGUUGGCGGUGGUUAUAUCAAUGGCACAGCAGAAGCGGUUUAUGUCCCUGGGUACGGCUUAGCCUGGGCACAGGCUCCCUUCGGAUACGCACUCAGCCUGGUUGUAGGCGGCUUGUUUUUCGCUAAACCCAUGCGUGCGCGGGGUUACGUGACCAUGUUGGACCCUUUUCAGCAGAUCUACGGCAAACGAAUGGGGGGACUGCUCUUCAUCCCCGCUCUCCUGGGAGAAAUCUUCUGGUCCGCAGCCAUACUCUCCGCGCUAGGUGCAACUUUAAGCGUCAUUGUGGACAUCAAUAUAAGCUUGUCGGUGAUUAUUUCUGCGGUGAUCGCGAUAUUCUACACUCUGAUGGGUGGACUGUACUCGGUCGCGUACACGGAUGUGGUCCAGUUGUUCUGCAUCUUCUUGGGUUUGUGGAUCAGUAUACCGUUCGCCAUGUUAAAUCCCGCAGUUACAGACAUUACCACGACCGCAAACCAUGAAGUUCAUCAGGAGCCUUGGAUGGGAACGAUAAAUUCAAAGGACAGUUUAAACUGGAUAGACAACUUCCUGUUACUGAUGCUGGGUGGAAUCCCAUGGCAGGUCUAUUUUCAGAGAGUCCUUUCCGCUUCCUCUGCUACCUAUGCACAAGUCCUCUCCUUUCUCGCUGCCUUCGGCUGCAUAGUCAUGGCCAUCCCGUCUGUACUAAUCGGUGCAAUAGGAGCAUCUACUGACUGGAAUCAAACUUCCUAUGGCUUGCCGGACCCUAAAAGCAGGAAUGAGACUGACAUGAUUUUGCCCAUAGUGCUGCAGCAUCUGUGCCCGUCCUACGUCUCCUUUUUCGGCCUUGGCGCAGUCUCUGCUGCAGUGAUGUCUUCGGCUGAUUCUUCUAUCUUAUCAGCAAGUUCUAUGUUCGCUCGGAAUAUUUACCAUCUUGCUUUCAGACAAGAGGCCACAGACAAGGAAAUAGUGUGGGUAAUGCGAAUCACCAUAUUCCUGUUUGGAGGAGCUGCAACAUCUAUGGCACUGUUGGCUAAGUCAAUCUAUGGCCUCUGGUAUCUGAGCUCAGAUCUUGUCUACGUUAUUAUCUUCCCUCAGUUAAUAUCAGUGCUCUUCAUCAAGGGAACAAACACUUACGGCUCCAUUGCUGGAUAUGUCAUUGGCUUUUUGCUUCGAAUUAGUGGCGGCGAACCAUAUUUACAUAUGCAGCCAUUUAUUUUUUACCCUGGAUGUUACUUAGAGCAUACAUUUGGAGCUGAUCCUGUUUAUGUUCAAAGAUUUCCCUUUAAAACUAUGGCCAUGUUAUUCUCCUUCCUGGGCAACGUUGGUGUUUCAUAUCUGGCCAAGCACCUGUUCGAAAGUGGAAUAUUGCCACAAAAGUUAGACUUCCUUGACAGCGUUGUGUCACAACACAGUAAGGAAAACAUGGACAAAACAUCUUUGGUGAACCAUGACAAUAUUACUUUGUCCGAGCUGGUACGUGUUAAUGCAAAGAACAGUGCUUCACUCAAUGCUGCUUUCACCAAUAAGGUAGCAUUUGAAGACACUGUGACAACUCCUGAAUUUUCUAAGUCAGACAAUGAUUGAUGCUACACCCUUUCAUGUGUUCAGUGUUCAGUGCAAUUAUAGGCAAUCAAAGACAAUAAAUUAAUAAUAUAAAUUAAAUUAGCAUUUUAGCAGGCAUUGGUAUUUUUAGCAAGGAAGGUUGUUUAUAUCAGUGCUUUACUGAUAAUUAUUCUCUUAAAUACUGUUGUACAGUAUUGUUUUAAUUCAUACAUGUGAAAUCAAGUUGAGCUAUAAAUUUUAAAUCUAGGUAGAUCAUGGACUGUAGCAACUUUAUAUUGCUAUAGUGCAGAUACAUAGUGCCAUCAUUUAUGUGGAUAGAGUGGUGUUGUGUGGCUUUAUAUACAUGGAAUCAUGAAUUCAUUCCCCCAGCAUUUUAUCCAUGAAAUAAUUAUCUCAACUUUUACAGAUGCAAUAUAUUUGUCCAUUUAUUUUCCCACCUUCAUGCACCUAUACAUUUUAUAUAGGUUCGAGCAUACAUCAAUAUAGCUGGCCAGUGGUAUAGUGGCAUCUGCACCAGACUUUGAAGCCAGUGGUCCUGGGUUCGAAUCUGGCGGCUCUUUGCACAUGCUGGGUCGAGCAUCGAGCUAGCAACUCGGCCUCGUAAAAAAACACAGACAAAUGCUAAAGAACUACAAGAGACACUCAAUGCGCCACAAGACACGGAAAGGAACACCAGCAAUAAUCAACGUGAAUACAUAAAUAAUGGAUGCUGGGAUGUCAGUUAGUAUUUGGCUAUUUAUAACUAAUAAAGUUUCAAAAUAUUUAAUGAUACUCCCCCAUAGUACUCUUUUAAUUAAUCAUUGAAUUGAUAACUUAGAU